AAAUGGGUGCACUGGCUGCAGGGGCCUAGCUAAUGUUGUGGUUCGAGUGGCCAUGGGCUUGGCCACCUAGCUAGCUAGGUGUUAUAAUCUAAACCAAAGUUUUCAAUCUCCCCCCCGCCAUUUCUUGACCUCUAAUCUUUUUGAAGAUGAGGUGAAUCUAUCGUUUGGAUGUCUUGUGCUCUUUUGGCCCUUCACUUAGAUAUCUGUGGAUAACAAUACUUUUUUCUUUUUUCCUCUACAUAUAAGCUGCUAUGCACGCACCAAAUAUCUUCGAUCGAUCUCUACGGCCUUGCGCGCACUUCUUUGCAAUAUCAUUUGUUUGCUUUCUCGAUCGUUUCCUUCUGUCCGGCCUUUGUGUUUUUUAUCUCUUACCUAAUUUCAUCGUUUUGUCCACUUAUACUCAACAGAAAUGUACCUUAACCCUCACUUCUACCCUUGUUUGCAUUGCCAACCGCACAGCUACAUUAGAAUGGUUCAACAUCUUAUAGAAAGAUGCCUUCUCCUACACAUGAGUAGAGACCAAUGCAUAAAGGCACUUGCAGAGCACGCAAGCAUUAGGCCACUCGUCACACUUACAGUGUGGAGGGAGCUACAAAAAGAGAAUAAAGACUUCUUUCGAGCAUAUUUUCAUGUCACUUCUUCGAGAACCUUACCGAGUAAGACCCUCAUGAUCAUGUGCUUUUUCAUAUAUCUUGUUGCAUGGUUGCAUUCAUCAAUAGAUCAUAGUCUGAAAACUCUACAAAUUUUAGACCAAAGUCUGAGAACUCUACAAAUUUUGCGUCUGUUGUGUACUACUUGUGUACUACUUGCGAAGCUUUUUUGCUGGAUAUAUGACUAUGACUCGUGUGUGUGUGUGGUAAAAUAUUAUUACGUACAUAUACUGUAAGAAAGAUCAAUUACUGCUGAUGCUUGAUGGGUAUUUGGACUUUAUCCCUUAAUUUAUAUCAAUAUUUUUUAUUCCAUGAUCAUCAUCAUGAGUUUAACCCUAGCUUGGUACUUGACGAUAUUUUCUCAUAUUGCAAUGAUAUAAUCAAUAUUAUUUUACUUUUCAGGUAGAUAUAUUCAAAGGGAACCAAAAUUAGCAAGAAGGAGACAAUGGCAUUAGCUAUAUAUAUUAAAGAUAAAAUGUGGGGGGAGAUCAUAAGAUCGAUGAUCAUAAACUCAGAAGUUUAGAAACGUACAUUAAUUAAUAUUAUGGGGGUUUGAUAAAUGAAUCCCUAGCUAGCCAGUUAGGAUCUCCUCUAUUUCACUUGAAAUGAGUUAAUUCUAUCCAUCUUGUACGUACAAUGCGAAACAUAGUGGGACACUUUGUACGUUUUGGCUCUUAAAUUCGCGCUUAAUAUAUAUCAAUACUCUCUUCCAUGUA